GCGGUCACUGGGGCCGGUGUUUGGGAGUCUCUUGUCAGAACGCGGUGGCAGGGUGCGAGGUCCAAAGCACAGGGGCAAACCUCGUCCCAGUCUCCCACAGACCUUGUCAGGCUGGGCGGAGCGGCAGCUCCCUCCUGCGAGGUGCCGGACUUUCGUGAUGAGUUUUUAGAAAGGCAGUUUCACCUGCUGGUCUGUUUUCUUUGUGCUGCGAUCAGCGUUUAUCAGCUUUACCUGGAAGGAGUCACUGUUAAUAAGGAGUCACAAAACCCCCUAAGGAUUUGCAAGGAGGAACACUGGAUGCCACAAAGCCUCUGCCCAGCCCAGUCUGACCAACCUGGGGGCUGGGAGCUAGACUUUGGCUUUCUGAUUAGACCAAACUCUAACUGUGCCCUUUACCGGAAAAAGCAGCUACUGCAGCAUUCCGCCACAGGCCCAAAAGACAGAUCUUAAUCAAGUGAAAUAUCGUAACUUCAAAGGCCUAUAUACCCUUCUAGAAUUUUCUGAACCACGAACUGCUUGUGUGGUCAAGUAUAUAUUAAAGACUCUUUCUUGCUCCAGGUAGGAAUGUUUAGGUUUUCAAAAUUGUAGCAUUUUUAGCUUCAUCUCUUGAGAAAUUAAAAUAAUUUGGGGAGUCUUGGAAUAAAAGUAACAUAAAACAUGGAGACUGAAAAUCCUUAGCUGUUGUACGAGUUGAAGAAGUUGAAUGUAAGACUGCUUCUAUGGUGUGAUGUAGUGGAUGUCAGGAGCCCAGGGUCUUGGUUCUGCUGCUCCUGCCUGCUUGUGUGAGCUUGGACAAUUUAUGUACCCCUCUGUGCCUUGGAUCAGAUUGAGGGCGGGGGUCUGAACCAUAUGCUUUAUAUGGUUAUAUUCAUGCAUUCAGUAAUUAUUUAUAGAGCUUGAUCCUGACUCCGUGUCACUGAUAUAUAAUGAAUAGGACAGAUAAAAUCCCUGCCCUCAAGAGAGUUUACAUUCUAGUAUGGGAAACAAACAGGAAGCGAAUAAAUACAUGUACAUAGUGUGGUAGGCAGUGGGAGGUGCUCCAAGGGGAAAAUAAAGGAGAGUAAGUAGAACAAAGAAGAGCAGGCAGGAUGGUGAGGGAAGGCUCCUCUAAAGCAGUGGUAUCUGAGCAAGACCCACAAGAAGUGAGGGACUAAGCCUGGUGGCUAGCUAGGGAAAGGGCAGUAUAGACAAAGGGAAUAUAGCAAGUGCAAAGGCCCAAAGGCUUUGUUUCAUUGUGGAUUACCAAGGAAGCCAUUGUGCUGAGUAAUGGGAGAUGAGGUCAGAGAAACAAUGAAGGCGAGGAGAAGUGGUCAUAUGCCGGAGAUAUUCUGAAGGCAGAACCAGAAAGAUGUUUCGAUGGACUGGAUGUGGGGCAUGAGAGAGGGAGAAAGGUGUCAAGGAUGACUUUGGGAUUUUUGGCUUGGGUAACUAAAAGAAGGGAGUUACUACUGACUGAUGGGGAAGCAGUAGGCAGGGCAGAUUUGGGAAAAAAAAUAGCAGAAGCUCAAUGUGGGAUGUGGUGAAUUGCCUAUCAGUCAUCUGAGUGGGUUGGUCAAGUGGUUGAUUGGAUAUCCAAGUCCAGAGUUCAGGAGAGGAACUUUAGAUAUAAAUGUAGGAAUCCUUGGUGCGCAGAUGUAUUUAAAGACAUAAGACGUUGAGAUCACUGAGGGGGUGAGUAAAGAUCAAGAAGCUGGCCAAGGACUGAGCCCUGGGCCCUCUGACCAUCGCUGACAGACUGAGUAAUAAAAUGAGAAUGAUUAUGUCAGUCAACAGAUGUAGCAACGUUGAGUUCUUUGGUGACUUUUGUGAGCCCUUGUUAGGGCCUUGCUGGAUUUUAAAUUAUACUCCAUAACAUUUGAGAGGAAAAAAUAUCUCAAGAAAACAACAGUCUCAAACCGUUGAAGCCAGCCGGGUUGUGGUAGUCGAGGCCGUCAGCUUGCAUCGGAACAUGGUCCCCGCGUCUCUCUAGGAUUUUGAUGGACUCCUGUCUCACAUUGAGAUCGACCGUGGGCGCCCUGCUGGCAUCCGAGCUGGGAUGGAAAUUCUACGAUGCGGACGACUAUCACCCAGAGGAAAACCGAAUGAAGAUGGGAAAAGGGAUCCCGCUGAAGGACCAGGACAGGAUUCCAUGGCUCUGCAACUUACAUGACAUUUUACUAAGAGAUGUAGCCUCUGGACAGCAUGUGGUUCUAGCCUGUUCGGCUCUGAAGAAAGUGUACAGAGACAUCUUAAUACGAGGAAAAGAUUGUGCACCCCUGAAGUGUGAUGAGACGGGGAAGGACAAACAGCCAGCUGAGGUGAAGCUCCUUGUGGUCCAUCUGAGUGGGUCGUUUGAGGUCAUCUCUAGACGUUUACUUGAAAGAAAAGGACAUUUUAUGCCCCCUGAGUUAUUGCAGUCCCAGUUUGAUAUUUUGGAGCCCCCAUCGGCUCCAGAAAAUUUCAUCCAAAUCAGUGUAGACAAAAAUCUUUCAGAGAUAAUUGCUACAAUCACGGAAACUCUAAAAUGAGAAUGGUUUCAGAUCGGGGGUCCAGAACAAUCAAGCAGACAUCUCUAGCCCAUCAUCCCAAACUAUGUUCUAGUGUCUUUGCCAAUACCAUAUUCUAAAUUCUUGGGGUGACCAAACCCUAGUGUACUGAGCUAUACUUGUCUGGGUAUAUUUUUAGGAAUCUGUGCUCUGGCACCUGGGGAGGAGACAGGAGGGAACUUUGAAAGUAAAGCUUCAACAGAAAUCCAAAUUCCUGUGACCUAAUCAGAUAUCAGAGGGAAUCCUAUAAUCGAUACUGUAAAUCACAACCUUAUUCAAAACAUCCCUGAUUGUGUCUGUAUUUGAACAAAUAAAUGAAACUUGGCUAUC